UGACCGGUAGUGUAUAUUUGGUAACUUCAGGUAAUAUUUCGAGACAAAAGUUGCCAAUUUAUUAGAUUAAAGUGGCAAAUCUACAAGAAAAAAAGUCGAAGAUUUAAGGACCUUAAUAUAAAGAGUUACCCUUUAUUUUCUUUUUGCAUCUCCAGCUCCUGAUCCUCAGGUCUUCUCCUCUUUAAGCCCUCGCGGCCGCCCCCCUCCAGGCUUUGAUGCCCAGACCCUCUGAAGCAGGUGGACAGACGCAGGCAUGAGUAACAGUGGGACCAAAGAGCCGUCUCCCCAGCCGAGCACUGCCCAGUCGCCUCCGGAGCCUCAGCGCCGAGGCCGGGGCCGGCCACGGAAACAGCAGCAGGAGCCUGUCGGACCACCGACUCCGAAGAGACCGAGAGGACGACCGAAAGGCAGCAAGAACAAAGGCCCCAAAACUGCACUGAAGAAAGUAGAGCCCGUUGGGGAGAGACGACCACGUGGGCGACCGAGGAAAUGGCCGCAGAAAGUAGUUCAAGUAGCUGAGGAGCAGCAGGGCUCUUCAGAAGAGGCUGAGGAGGGUCCGUCGCAGCUCCAGCCCUCCACAUCUCAGGUGCCAGCGCAGGAGGAAGGGGAGUAGAUAGGAUGCCUCUCACCUACCUCAAGGUUUGGCUUCAAACAAACAGGGGUGCUGUCUGACUCCUAUCUGUGAUGGGGAUUCAGGAACACACACACACACACACACUCACAAACACACACUCACACACACAGAUCUUUGCAGACAGUGGUUUCCUGUACCCUGGUUUUAUUGGUUCAGUUCAGAGUUUUAGCAUUGAUAAUUUGAUCUUUGAACACGACUAUCAUGAUGAUUAGACAGUUUUGGGAAAUGUGCUUAUUGGCUUUCUGGCCGAGAGCUACAUGAAAAGGUAAUGCUUUAUAAUAAGGUCCUUAAUAAUCAUUAAUUAACAAGUAAUAAGGCAUUGUUCUCGCUU